AUGCCACCAGGUCUCGGGAAUAAGAACAAGGGCAAAGGCCGCGAGCCUAGAGGUUCCAGAAGCCGGAAUACCACACCCAGCUCUGCGCUCAGCACAAGCGCCAGCACAGUUACCGGAAUUGGCCUAUCCACGGGCUACCUCGAUACUGAUGUCUCCAAGCUGCUCGUGCCGACUGGCGUGCAGUAUUCCGACGUUCUUGAGAAAUUUGGAGGAGUAGGUCAGAUUCCGGAUCAGAGAACACUCGAAUCCCUGGUAGAACAAUUGAAGACUUUAGGGCAGCUUGCAGAGACCAGAGAAGAUGCAUGCAAUGCUGGCAUGAGAGAGCUGUCGCAAAAGCGAAAAGAGGUGCUAGAAGAGCAGAGAGAACGGGAACAAGUGGACCGGGACGCUGAAGAGAAACUACGAAUGAAAAGGGAGGCAGAUGAUGAUGAAGAGGAUUCACGGAUUCUUAAGGGAGGUAGAAUAAAAAAGCGGAAAGAAAAAAUCGUCCCGAAGGAGGAGAGACCGCUCUCCCAUGGUGCCCAUGGUGUUGCAAGACAGGAUGGCCCUGAAGGGAAAGUUGAUGACGCCCCUGUUGGCUCACCUAAAAGGGUACGAAAUCAACCGUCAAGCGCAUCAUCUCUGUCUCCACCGUCUUUCCAUUCGCCUCCCCCUGCUACUGCUGGUUCAACCGCAGGAAGUCCCGAGUCCGUGGACAGUUCAGAAUCCCAUCAACCAGAACCUGCUCCCGCCGUCCAUCAAUAUCAAGUUUUUGGGCCCGACCCUUUACAGUUUGACGACCCUACGGUAUACCAUAUUCGAGAAGUCACACCCAAUAUGUCAGUUGAAGAGAAGAAAAAGAUAUAUAGUGUUGCAAGCUUCCCUGAAUCCGACUUGAAGCAUUUGAUGGCUGGGGAACCACCGGAUAAGGAUUUUAGCAAUGCGAAACCCACGAACCAAGUCAGCGCCAAUACUUUUGCAACAUACCUAGAACCAUAUGUCCGACCCCUUACGGAGGAGGACAUAGCUUUCUUAAAGGAAAAGGUACGAACCUUGCACCGUGAAUUCUUUUUUAAUUCCACAGUAAAUCUGACUGUACAGGGCGAUCGUGCUACUCCCUUCCUAAUGCCCCGUCGUGGGAAAAAACAUUAUAGUGACAUUUGGGCUGAAGAGGAUGGUAUAAAUAUAGACUCAAUAAACCAGGACCGAGACAAGUUACCCCUAAAUCAAGGCAGGGGUAGUAUUGACCAGAUAACAGAUGAGACCUGUGAGACGGACCAAGUUUCAGUUCCUCCUAUGCUCAGUCGAUUAUACUCUCUUUUACGUUACGAGCAUCGUACCCUUCCUGAUGAUGCAGGUCAACCUGGGAACGAAGAGUCAACUGCAAAUGGAAACACAAAUGCUGACGGCUCAAUGGAUAUUGACCAGCAAAAUGGAGACACAGAGCCAAAGCAGCUAAGUUCAGCCACCUCAUUCCCUGAAUCUUCCUUAAGCGGGUUCAAGGUUCCAGCCGCCAAGCUAGACCAUGCCCAGCUUGACGAACGAUUAAAGGCAGAGCUUCGGUAUAUCGGCUUCCUGGGGCCUGAGGACAAUCCAGACUAUGAUGCCCACUAUGAUGACGAUAUCGCCGAACGUCUCCGCAUCCUUCAAUCAGAGCUUAAGAAACAAAUGAUCAUUAACGGCGCACGGAAAACUCGCUUACUAGAUAUUGCUCGCGAGCGGUUGGCUUAUCAGGAAUACAGCACCAUACUCGACGACCUUGACACUCAGGUACAACAGGCAUAUCUUAAACGAACACGUACUCUGGGCAAGAGCAAGAAAGGCUCUCAUGCGAAACAUAGGCCUGGUGGUGCAGGUGGAGGCAGUCAUCCUGUUAGCACGGCUGGUGUUGGCAGGCCUGGGAUUGGUGACAUGGCCCGUACCCUUAUGGAUCGUCGCAAGAGAUGGAUCGAUUGCAUUGGUCCGGUCUUUAAGGACUGCAAGUCCACUGUGCCUGGUAAAGACGAGACUGUCUGGGAGCCUACGGCCAUGGCAGAUUUAGAGAAAGCAGAAUUGGAAGGCUGGGAUGAAGAGCAAGAGUGA